AUGUUCGCAGGUGUCAUGAUGACUGCCAUGAACGAAAGCCUGCGCGGCGAGACAGCGCUCCAGGGCUGGCAAUGGGUCUUCAUCAUUAAUGGCGCAAUGGGAAUCCCCUUCGGCAUCUUCGGCCUGAUGUACUUCCCCAACCUCCCCGAAGCCACCACCGCCCCCUACCUCAGUAAAGAAGAAAUCCAACUCGCCAUCGAGCGCCUGCCACCCAAAACAGACUGGAGCCACGACAUCAGCCUCAAGUCUCUCGUCAAGCGCCUCUUCGCCGCACCAGACCUGUACGUACUAACAUUCUACUCGAUCGUCGGCUGCGCGCUAGAAGCAAUCGUCCUCCAAGGCCUGUUCCUCCUGUGGAUGAAAGCACAUAUCAACGACUUCCCUUCAUAUGCGACUACCACAUACCCGCUCGGCAUCCAAGCUGUAUCCAUCGUGUCCAACAUCGGGGCUGGAUAUGUAAUCGACAUCACGAACCGCCGCAUCCCAAUGGUCAUACUAGCCGGAUGUCUCCAACUCGUCGUUUCGGUCAUGCUACUCGUACCGAGCUUACCUACAGGCGGUGUAUUCUUCGCUUUCUACUUGUCGGGUACGUCGUACAUCGUCAAUCCGAUUAUUUACGGCUGGGCUAGCGUUAUAUGCCAGCGCACGGGCGACGAUGCUGCGCGAUCGGUUAUUUUGUAUAUCAUGAGUAUGGUACAGUCGAUUCUGUAUACCUUCUGGGGUAUAGCGCUGUAUCCUGCUACGGAUGCGCCGUACUGGAAGAAAGGAUAUAUUGCUAUGAUUGUGGUGGUGUUUGCGUUUUUCGGCGCGACUGGGGCGGUCAACUGGCUUGAUAAGAGAUCAAAAGCAAUUGUUGCAGAGCGGGAUACAGAUGAGGAUACAGGCUCAGUGCAAAUUCAGACCCCUGUUGAUUUGAAGAAAGAUUGA